AGUACGGCUAUGCGGGGGCCCGCGAUCAACAUGGAGCCGCCUACCCCUACCGUGGCCGCGGUGUCGCCGGUGCAGGCGCUGGCACUGGACGACGACGCGGUGCCAGUAGAGCGGCAGAUUCCGCAAAGACACCACAACCUGCACGAGUUCUACCUGCCCAGCCGGUUUCUGUACGUCUGGGACUGGUUCCUGUGCUUCGUCACGCCGCAUAACGCCGCAAUUUGGCAGAAGGCGCUGGAAAAGAAGCAAGAGAUUUCGUUGAAAGAAAAGAAGCGAAAAGAGGACAACUCCACGCAAGAAGGCAAUGAUUUGAACGACGGCACCAUGAAAAACGACGAAGUAGAUGAAAGGUCGAAUAACAGCAUUAGCCCCACAACUUCCUCCGCGAAUUUUCAUUCACCAAACCUACGGCGGGCGCUCGAGUCGGAGAACGUGGGGAACUCGCACCAGAGUCUCGUCUCUGCUGUGUUCCACGUUGCGGGCGUCGACAGGAAUCGGGACAGUUACCUGCUGAAGUACUGCGAGGAGACAGGUCUGGUGGCGCCGGAUUUCAGCGAAGAAGAGGCCACGCAAAUCGCUAAAGCGCUUUCCAAGCUGAAAAGCUCGGGCGUGGCCUUUUUGGCGUGCGAAAAGGAGAAAGACGUCGACAGGGUGGUGAACACGCUCCGCGCGAUGCAACAUCCGUUGCAGGAGCGGAAACAGGAAUACGAAAGGGUGGCCUCCGAGGGAGAGGACCCGGUGGCAUUUGGGCUCACAGCCAGCGGCCGGCCUACGGAAAUGUAAAAAUAUUGCCUUGCAGCUUUCGAGGAAGAUGCGACGGUGAUCGUUGCAUUCUGUUGUCGACCAAUACUAUAGCCAAACUAAUGGAUUUUUCAUUAUUCUGAACAGCAAGUCCUGAUGCAGUUGUCAUACGAGUUCUGCUUCAAAGAACGCGGCCUCAGACAGUAGACUCAUUCAUCUAUGUACGAGCUGUUCUCCUGAAACAAAUAAAACAAAAAUUUCUGAACAGUGCCAGCCUCUCGGAGGAGGCCCUGCUGAAGCAUUUCCCCAAGCUCGAGGACAACUUCGCCGACUACAGCAUCGACCGGGCGGAGAACGAGCCGGUGGAUAUCCUGUGGGACAACUACGACCAGAGCCGGUCGUUUUACCGCAAGUGGCUCCGCCCGUUCGUGAAGUUUUCCUGGCAGAUUCUCUUCUACGCCUUACUGAUGUACGCACCGUCGAUCAUCUACACCAUUCACUACCUGAACGAGGCGCAGUCCCUGCCGACGCAAUUCACCGUGACCCUGCUCGGUAUUUUGUUUUCCUCGGGCAACGGGGUGGUAGGGGUCAUGUUUUACUACUACUCGGAGACCAUGCCGUUCCGGUACGCCGACCGGUUCCGAACCGCCAUCAUGAUCUCCUACGCCGGGAUUUCCAUGUUCAACAUGGCAUUCUCCCUGUACUUGGUGAUCGGGUCCUCUCUCACCAUUGCGGACAUCGACUUUGGGGCGGAAAAGGAGAUGAAAUCAGACGGCGGAAGUAGUUCAUCGUCCACCUCAUCUUCGGGCUCAACAAGUACUAAAACGAAUUCCUUCACGAACUCCCUAGACGAUUACACCGUCGGGGAAGAGACGUAUUUGUCCAUGACCGGCUACGAGGUGCUGGUCCCGGGGACUUUCCUGGUUCCCUACAUGGUCUGGUGUAUCACCGGCUACCCGCUGCGCCGAUGGCUGCUAUGCAUUUUUGCAAAAGUAUGGUCGUACUAGCUAGUGUGAAUUGCAUUGCAAAUCAUUUUCUCAAGAGAAAUAAAACUGCAAUUUGUCAUGCUAUUUCAGGUAGAAGAUUGGAUUUGCCAUGCGUGGCUACAAUUAGUACGAGCACACUAUAAACUUUUGCACAGGAUAGCUGCGGAACUUCAACAACUUCAUCCCCUUCUCCGAUGACGUGCGAUCAGCCCGGGUGAUCGAGCUGCGGGUCGCGGAGAAGUACUCGGAGCCGCCCAUGAUCUACGUCGCGUGGGACUACUCCAGCCACGUGAUUCUGCCGCUCUGGUGUGUCGGGUUUUUGUACCUCUGCUCCCCGCAGUUCCAGUACCGGAUCUUCUACACGCUGUUUCUCUUCGCCUGUUUCAUGUACUGCUCCCAGAAGGUCCUGCACUUGACGCAGAGCAAGAUCACCUACUUCUCCACGGGCACGCUGAGCUCCAUGUGCUUCUACUUUUGGGGAAUGAUCGUCGGCGUGAUGGGCGCCAACACGGAGUGGUGGGAACAGCGGUACAAGCGGCUCGAGGCUUUGGCGGUCGGCGACGCUGUGCUCAAGGAGAUUCAGAACGAAUCCGCGGCCGAGGGGACUGCGAAAAGCAUGAACCCAUUCUCGGGACUGUUCGGGAGGAGGUUGGAGGUAUCUUUGCGCGGCGGCCGCGUAGAAGAUGACCGCGAGGAGAGACAGAAAAUGUCGAAAAAUAAUGAUAACCCUCUGCCACCACCGAAAAAACCGACUUUAUCGCGCGACGACGAGGAAAAAUUGUUCGCGGCGAAAGAUGAACUGCAAGUUAGGACGAGAAUAUACCGAACACGAACUACCCCCGGGGUGGUAGAACCAGUCGUGGUCUCCACUGGUGGAGCUAGUACAAGUUCCACUGCACCUACCUCCUCGCUAUUGUUCCACCGCGCUGCCAUCGCCGGCGCAGCGCUGCUGCAACAGCAGCAGCACCAUCUUGUGCCAGUGGGACAAACCACCAAGUCGCAGCCGAGCAGGAUCGUUGGGCGGGAAAGGGGGAUGGUUAUGCAUUCCACCUCUGGAAGCAGAGCUUCUUCUUCCACAUCACAUCUUCCCAGCGGCCAGCAGCAUCUCCAGGAAGAGGAGGACGCGCCGCUCCAGUUGCUGUACGGUUCGACCGGAGAGCUGCCACCGGAAUCCUCUUCUGGCAACGAAGCGGACAGAGCAGAAACCGCCGCUGCCGCGAAGGUGGAAAUGCGGGCGGCAGCCGGUGUAACGAGGGAGACCACAACCUCCGAGACGCAACAGGGCAGUCCGCUGCACGCGCGAAGAGCGCAGACUAAUCACGACAGGUCAAGUAAUGGAAGAGCUGAUGAUGCAGAACCUGCAACAGAGGAACUAGGCCUUCGACGCCUCCUGCUGCAAGAAAAUCAUCGUGGAACAACGACAAAGCAAGAGACCAGCGACAAGAAUCGUGGAAGCAAAGACGACAUCAAGCCGUCGACCUCGAGAAGUGACGCAGGUUCCUUUUCCUUCUUCUCCGCUUUUUCCCGUUUCGACCUGAUUGACAGCGUCGUCGGGCAAGUCCGGGCAGCGCUGACAGACUACCGGUUUGAGGACGUGAUUCUCAACUGCGUCGCGGCGGGCCUGUUUUGGAGCUUUGCCUACCUCGCGGUGCUGCAUUUUUUCAUGCGGCCGUUCCAAAUUUCGCACCGCGCACAAAUGCACCAGGCGAAUCCGUUCACCUACAAGGAAGUCGAGUCGCGGUUUGGCUUCACGUAUCAAAACACCAAUCCCGUGAUGGUAUCAAAUGUAAAAAUGUCUGGGUCUGGAAGGGUUGGAACUUGUGAUGCAAACUCUGGAACACACAAAAAUUUGUGUUGCAUGAGCGCCAAAAGCUGUCCAUUUCUUGGCACGCAAGUAGGAAGUAUUUCAUGCGGGACAGGCAUCAUGAGGCGUGCUCCAAGCCUGUGAUUCUUUCGCCUGCAUCAGACGCCAUUUGCAUGAUCCGAAAUAUGCAUGACAAAUCUCGCAAUCUUCCAGACCCAGACAUUUUUACAUUUGAGAGAUGGUUCUCCGGUCGCAUUUCCUGAACCCGAAUCUAUCCUCAGUUACGUCUCCCGCCUUCCCGGGGAACAGCGGCAGCAGGCCGACCUAUCGCCAAUCCAUGUUCUCGAAGGACACGCACGGUGCGCUCGACGGGUUCGCAGCAUCUACCACACUGGACUACGUCAACGAUGGGCGGCAGUCCCGGGUCAUCAUGCGCGGCACCGUGGCGUCCCCACUGAGCGGCAGCAUCGGCUCACUGCGACGCACCACAGCGUCCCCCGUUGCGAGUCCGGCCUUGAUGCCGAUCCCGGACGUGGUGCCCAUGGAGAGGCUGGUGCUGUAUGCCGAGGGAAAACAGUACAACUGCUUUGCUGCUGGUUAUUGUGUUUGCAGGGCGAGAAGUGUAUUUAGUUAUUACAGAGCCGGCUUUUCUUUGCACUGGCUUCUGAGAGAACAUUGCUGCGAGCACAAGCAAAAUCUUGAAAAGGUAAGUGUUUGCUGCAAUGCAAAAAAAACCACAUCAGGUACCUCCUUCCGAAUUUUGAUACGAGCUACGACCUGAAUUCGCAGUAUCACGACUUGUUCGACCAAUUCGAAGACUUCCUCGACGAUCCAGUGACGCAAGCCAUAUCAAAUGCAAAAGUGUCUGGGUCUGGAAGAAUGCAACUUGUGAUGCUGCAUUUGGAUGUCGGAUAAAUUUGUGUUGCAUGAGCAGCAAAAGGAAUGUAAUAUCUGCUACGCGGAGAGGGCAUUUCCAUUUGUCAUGCGGAAUAUGCACUAAGAAUCCCUCAAAAAACCUGUGAUACUAGGGCAUGCAUCAAAGACAUCAUGGCUUGGCAAACCGUGCGUGACAAGUCUCAGAACCUUCCAGGCCCAGACAUUUUUGCAUUUGAUAAGCCAAGGAAUACGGCAAACAGCUCCAGGACACUGCCCAGAAGACGCACAUGCAGGUGACCGCCAAAAUCGCGGAAACGCACCAGCAGGUCACGGCGAAAAUUGCCAAGACGCACAACGAAGUCACGGCGAAAAUUGCGCAGAAGGGCCGGUCGCUGUUUUUCGGCAGCGACGGGCAGGCGGCUGAAGAAUUCGACGAGUUUCCGAAAGAUUGAGGGGACAAUUCUCGAUGAUAGGCGUGAAGUUGAAAAACCUAGCCCUCUUUGCGCAUGCUAUAGACAGAAGUCCUGCUCUUCCUUGCCUGCAUCCAUGGUUGGCAUUCAUAAUUUCAGCAGAUCGAAGAUGCCAGUCGAAAUCAUUUGAACGACAUGGUAGUACGAUACACGGCCAUCAGCACCUUCGGCAUCCAAUAUCAUCUUGCUAAAGAGACGAGGAACGUCGAUAUCAGCAUUACCGCAAGGGCGUAGAUCUGCUUUUGUUGUUCCUUGAGCCUUUAGAAUUAGAUAGUUGGAGAGGAGAAAAUAAAGAAAUGUGCAACGAAAGCGAGUGCCAAUGAAUUGGGUUUCUGCUAUGUGACACUGAG